AUGGCCGAGUCCAAUCCCCCACCGCAGCAACCCGUGGCCGGCACUGGCGCAACAUACAAGGCGCCCAGUCCUAAGCCGAAACAGAAUCCAGCUCUGAAAAUGAUGGGCCUGCCGAAUCUCCCUCGAAAACUCCCGUCACGCAACUGGCUCAUCUUCUGGGCUAUCACAGGUUCUAUCUCAGCGGCCAUUAUCUACGACAAGCGCGAGAAGAAGAGGGCCACCGCCAAGUGGAAGCACGUCGUCGCUCCUCUAGCAACCGACAUAAUCCCCUCAGCCAGUCAACUCCCACGCAAACUGACCGUCUACCUUGAGGCCCCCCCCGGUGACGGUCUUCGAAUUGCACAGGAUCAUUUUAUCGAGUAUGCGAAGCCCGUCCUCGCCGCCUCUGGUCUUGACUGGGAGUUCGUCCAGGGAAGACAACAGGGAGAUGUGAGAGCUGCUGUGGCAGAGAAGAUCCGACGGGAGAGGAGGAAGAAUGAGCGACCAGGUGAGGAGGAUUUACAGACGGACGAGGCCAUAACAGACGCCUUACGGAAAAAGAACAACGUGCCAGAGUAUGAAGGUGUUAAGGGUGAUAUUGUCUUUGGCUUACACACAUGGAAGGAGUACAUGAGAGGACUACAUGAGGGCUGGCUCGGUCCUCUUGACCCUCCUGUGAAGCCUGAGACAGAAUCAAAACCUGCUGUUAUCGAGCUAGCUUCUGAGGUUCCCAGGGUUGGGGGCGACCAGGCCGAAGAGAAGAAGGAUGAGGAGAAGAAAGAUGAAGAGAAGAAGCCUGAACGACCACCUCAACCACUCCCCUACAACACCACCGCCGACUACUCCUUCGCUAGCCUCCCCACCCAAAUCCCCUCCGAGUUCUCUCCCGCAAACCCCAUCCCACUUCCCCACCGUCUCGGCUUCCGCCACACCCUCAUCCGUUUGAACCGUUUCUUCAACCGUCGUAAGCUCGCAGACGAGGUCGGCCGUGAGGUCGCCGCUGUAUGUUUCGCCGCCGCCUCCCGUGAGUGGCGCGAGGCAGAUGGUCAAUAUGAGCAGCAGCUUGUCCUCAAGCAUGAGGAGAAGGACUGGGUCAAGUCCGUGUGGAAGACCGAGGAGCCUGCCAAGACAGACGACGACAGCUCAGCGGUUAUCCCUGCUGAACCUCCCAAGGAGAAGAUCUGGCCCGCGCCUAUUGUUGUUGACCCUCGGUUGGCGCAGCGCAUGCGACGCUUCGAGAUUACUGCUGAAGACGAGGCUCGCGCCGCGCAGAUCAAGGUCUCUGAGGCUGAGGUCGAGGGUUGGAUCAAGGGAAGCCUUCGCAGCUUGUGGAACUACACCGUUGAGUCGGUUACUGCCAAGCCCAUGCGGCCUAAUGUUGGCAAUGUGGAUAGCGACGAAUAA